AGAAAUUUAAUGUCUUUUCACACUGUAGUUACUGUGUCCUUAUAUAUGGACUGUAUUUAUAUAGAUAUGAAUACAAAGUGUAUAAUCCAGUACAGAAUUCUUGUUCUAGACUAAUACUUGACUUGAGGAAGUACAGUCAUUUUAGUGGAAAGGUGGGAUGAUUAAGGAUGGAAGAUCGUUGCUAUAUGAAAGGAGAGUUUUUCAUAUGGAAAAUUAAGAAAAAUGGAGUUAACUGUAGACAGCCCGCAUGUUACAUAUUCUGAUAAAUAUAUCGAAGCAAAAUAUGAUUACCAGUAUACCAAAGCUGAGCAAAAUGGUGUAAAGAUUACGGCCAAAAACGUAACAGAAAAGCUAGUUUUCCGCACAGAAAGAAAAGUGCCAAGAUUAGGCGUAAUGUUAGUAGGAUGGGGUGGUAACAAUGGUACAACCUUCACAGCUGCCGUAAUUGCUAAUCGACUUGGUCUCUCUUGGCCUACAAAAAAAGGACAACAGAUUGCGAAUUGGUUUGGUUCUCUUACACAAGCAUCCACAGUUCAGAUAUCUCAAGAUAUUUUUACGCCUCUUUCUCAUAUCCUACCAUCAGUCAAUCCUCAUGAUUUAGUAAUAGAUGGUUGGGACAUCAACUCUAAAAACUUGGCAGAGGCCAUGGAGAGGAAUCAAGUGCUAGAGCCAGCUUUGCAGCAGAUGGUAAAACCCUACAUGGUGUCCAUGAAACCUAGAGCAGCCAUUUUUAGUCACGAUUUUAUCGCGGAGAAUCAGAGCUCAAGAGCUAACAAUGUUCUCUCCGGAACCAAAAUGCAUCAAGUACAGCAAAUUAUGAAAGACAUUGAAGAUUUCAAAAAGAAUUCGAAUGUUGACAAAGUUAUAGUUCUUUGGACAGCUAACACAGAAAGAUUUAGCGCUGUACUCGAAGGCGUUAACGAUACUACAGAAAAUUUAAUUGCAUCUAUUAAAAAUGACCACAAAGAAAUAUCGCCUUCAACGUUGUUUGCCUACGCUGCUAUUUCCAAAGGAUGUACUUAUAUCAAUGGAUCACCACAAAAUACUUUUGUUCCUGGAUUAAUUCAAUAUUCGGAGGAGCAGAAGGUGUUUAUUGCAGGUGAUGACUUUAAAUCCGGACAAACGAAACUAAAGAGCGUCUUGGUUGAUUUUUUAGUGAGUGCUGGUAUCAAACCAGUAAGUAUAGUCAGCUACAACCAUUUGGGUAAUAACGAUGGUAAGAACCUUAGUGCCCCAGCUCAGUUUAAAUCUAAAGAGAUAUCAAAGAGCAACGUUGUUGAUGAUAUGGUUGCUUCAAAUAAUAUCCUUUACAAGUCAGGAGAAAAGCCUGAUCACGUUGUAGUUAUUAAAUACGUACCUUAUGUAGGCGACUCCAAACGAGCCAUGGAUGAGUACGUUUCAGAAAUAAUGAUGGGAGGUACCAAUACCAUCGUCAUUCAUAACACAUGCGAGGAUUCUCUUCUUGCAGCACCUCUAAUUUUAGACCUUAUAGUGCUUGCUGAGUUAUUUUCCAGAAUUGAAGUUAAAAGGCAACAUUGGAGUGAUGAGGAGUAUACCCAAUUACAUCCUGUUAUGUCAGUGCUGAGUUAUUUAUGCAAGGCACCAUUGGUCCCUCAUGGUACUCCAAUAGUGAAUGCACUAUUUCGUCAAAGAAGCUGCAUAGAAAACAUUUUAAAGGUGUGCGCAGGACUGCCACCAGAUACCCACAUGACCAUUGAGCACAAAGUACCAUUUAUGAUAUCUGAACUAAAAUCUGAGAAUUCUGAGCCCAAAAAGAAAAAAAUUAAAUUGAGCAAUGGACAUAACAUGGCGUAGAAUAAGUGAAAAUAUCAGUCACAUGCAAAAAACAGAACAACAUUUGAUCACUGUAACAGAAAUUAAUACCAAAACACUGGCAUUUGAUUAGUUUUUACCUUUUUUGUUCUUAAAGUCAAAUACUUUAAAUAGUUUUAGUUUUACUGAAGUUUUUUUUUUGGUUUUAUACAAUUAUCCGCUAUUUACAUAACCUAUUACAGUAUUUGUAUAAAGUAGUUCAAAAAUGCAAAUUAUAUAUUUUUUAAAUGUUCUUACUAGAAAAUAUGGACGUUGCACCUACUUGGAACUACUUUUAGAACAUCUGGUUUAUUAACUAAUGGUAUUUAAAAAAAUCUUUUUUAUUAAUUUUUUAUUUAUUUAUUACUGUUAAAGUUCACUGUACUAUUGUAUUUUAUUUAAAAAUAGUCAUAAAAAUGUUUCGUACUAAAAUAUUUAUGAUGUGAAAAUAUUUAUUAUUAUUUAGGGACUAAUAUACCCAUAUUUAAAUAUUUCAUUUUUAUUUAAUUUUUCUACGAGCUCAUUUGUGCAUCUAAAUAUUACUUAGAUGUCCUCGUUUCAUGCUAUUUUAAGAGUGAAAUAACAAUUACUUCUUCAUUGGAAGUUAUUUUAUCGUAAAUAAAUACAUAAAAUGAUUAUGGAUUAAAAGAAAAUAUUAAAAACCAUAAAACCUGUUUCUACGAAAAAAUUUUUUCAAGAUUUUUUUUUUCUAUUCAGCCCAUUAGCAUUUGAAAAUAAUUGAAUAUGCACUUAAUGUUUAGAUAAAAUAAUUGCUUUGCUCUAUUUGCUAAUUUAUGUACUUAUUUACAUAGGGUGUCAUAAGCUCUCUUAAAGGAUAUAGAAAAAAUUCCACAAGAAACACCCUAAAUACUUAAUUUAUGUGUGAUACCAAAGUACCUAAAUCCCAACCCCUGUGGUUAGGUGACCUCGUGAUAGCUCUAUGUAUUAGUUUAUACAAAGUGAUUUGGAUUGAAAUAUAUGUAUUUUUACCUUUAACGAAUUUACACAUCUACCAUAUUAUUUACUUGUAAUGCAAGAUUUUUUUAAACAUUAAUUCAGUUUAUAAAACGUAAAAAAAUCCAUAUCUGGACCCAUCUGUGCCAGCUAUGAACUGAUCUCUAAAUUUUACCAUUUUUUACUUGAAAAUCCUAUAAACAAUUAUAAAAUGCAUUUUAUAAUAUAAAUCAUAAAGUAUAAUGUGUUUCUAAUAUAAAACUAUAAAACAUUCCAUAUCUUGGUAAUGGUUUACUAUACUAUACUCUACUCUUUACUAUACUCUAGUAAGGUGGUACAUACAUUUUAAUCCUGUUCAUCAUCCAAAUAUAUUAAUUUUAUU